AAGGCAUGUUUCACAGAGAAAAAUCUAAAGCUGAUCCAUUUUACAACCCUACUCUACAAAGAUAACUUCCUAUAAUUUCCUUAAUAUACUUAACACUAAGUGCAGAUUAUAUUGCACUUGAUAUUUCCCCUGGUUUCUACUGUCUGCAGAUUAGAACGAAUAGGAUACUAAAAUAAGCUAACAACUGAAGCACUUUUUAAGUAGUAACUGAAAGCGAUGGCAGUGCUAACCACAGCAUCUCUAUAUGUCUGGUUGAUUAUUUCAAUGAUGAUUGGACUACAACCAGACACACUGUAAUCAGUCCUCAAUCAAGCAGCUAUCCCAAUGAGUCAACAAGCCUUAUCAUGAUUCAAACUUUGCACAUGGUGCUUUACCAUGUCAGAGUUCACGAGAGUUUAUUAUAGUAGAAUAAUGCAAGUUCCAGGUAACUGCACAUGUACAUAAUUUAAUCCAAGAAGAGUAGGAAUACAGGGUUGAAGAAAACUGAGGGCAUCUGGGUGGUGAAAUGGGAAGAAUAGUCUAAACCCUAAACAGUGAUAGCAUCAUUCAUUUCCAGACACCACAUGAUUUUUCUAAGCCACUCAACUAGGCAGAAGCUCCAGUAGUAGCUUGGAAGUCGCACUCAGGCACACAGCUAUCAUGACAAGCACAGCAUCAGUACCCAUAGGAGUUUGAAGCAAAUAAGUGACAACUUCCUAUACUCCCUGCCUUCUCUUCUUCCUUCUUCAUCCCCAAUACAUUCUUCAUGGACUUCUCGGAAUUUCUUGUCACGCUGCUGCUGGUAUGUCUUCUCACCUAUGAGUCCGAUGUCGAAGCAGCAUCGGCGGAACAAGAUUUCUUAAGAACUUGUCCAUCUCACCGGUGCAACAAACAUGGACCUGAGAUCCGGUUCCCCUUCCAGCUUUCGACCGAUCCACCGUUGUGUGGUGCCCCAGGCAUGCAGUUAUCGUGCUCUGGGGAUGAUGCAAUCCUGGAUCACCAUGUUCUUGGCUCCUGCAAAGUUACUGAGAUAUAUUACAGGCACCGUGUCAUCAACGUCAUCCCGCUUGAGGAACCAUCGAUGCAAUGCCCAGUUCAGAAACUCAUCUCAACAGACUUAGCAACUGAUGUGUACAAACAACCUCAAUCAUCACAAGUUACAACUCUGGUACGUUGUUCAAGAGGUUUCACACCAGUAGAUCAAUAUAGUAUAGUGGGCCCAGCCUCUUGUCUCAGUAACAGCACUAGGCAAUUCUGGUAUUUGGCAUCAGCUUCCGCAUACAUGUCUGACCUUCCACGGGACUGCAUAGCCAUUUCUAAAGGCAUCUCGAUACCCUUCGCCUAUGAUAAAAGAGGCCAAAACUCAGAUGAGUCCGCUUUCAUCGAAAGAGGAAAUGCAGUCAUCAACUUUGGUGAAACAACAUUCACUUGGCACCUCAAUAACAUUACGGAUGUCUGCCAACAGUGUGAACAUCAAGGUCGACACUGUGGAUUCAGCUCACGAAGGCGUCAAGCAUUUUGCCAUCACCGUGGUAUACAGGUCAUCCCAAUUGCAGCAUCAUCUGUCGCUGCAUUUGUAGUUCUUUCAAUGAUGGUGGCCACCGCGAUCUAUCUCUCCUUGAAGUCAAGGUACAAUGAAGAGUUGAAUAUGAAAGUCGAAAUGUUUCUCAAGGCAUAUGGCACAUCAAAAGCCACAAGGUACACUUUCCCUGAAGUUAAGAAGAUAGCAAGACGGUUCAAGGAUAAACUAGGCCAGGGUGGAUUUGGAAGUGUAUACAAAGGCGAGCUACAAAAUGGAGUGCCUGUGGCAGUCAAGAUGCUAGAGAGCUCUACAGGAGAGGGAGAGGAAUUCAUCAAUGAAGUAGCAACCAUUGGACUAAUCCACCAUGCAAAUAUCGUCCGCCUUAUGGGCUUUUGCUCUGAAGGAACAAGACGGGCUCUGCUUUAUGAAUACAUGCCUAACGAGUCACUUGAAAAAUACAUAUUCUCACAUGUUUCUAAUAUUUCUCGACAACUCCUAGCACCCACCAAAAUGGUAGAUAUUGCUUUAGGUGUUGCCCGAGGAAUGGAAUACCUACAUCAAGGCUGCAACCAACGCAUUCUCCACUUUGACAUCAAGCCACACAACAUUUUGCUGGACUACAACUUCAAUCCUAAGAUUUCAGACUUUGGCCUUGCAAAGCUGUGUGCAAGGGACCAAAGCAUCAUUACCUUGAGUGCAGCAAGAGGCACGAUGGGAUACAUCGCACCGGAGCUGUACUCUCGGAACUUUGGAGGGGUGUCAUACAAGUCAGAUGUGUACAGUUUUGGCAUGCUGGUAUUGGAAAUGGUGAGCGGGCGGAGGAAUUCAGACCCAAGUGUUGAGAACCAGCACGAGGUAUACCUCACAGAGUGGAUUUACGAGGAAGUAAUCACUGAGCAGGAAUUGGUCUUUUCUAUGGAGAUGACAGCAGAAGACAAGGAAAAGAUGAGGCAGCUGACUAUCGUGGCACUGUGGUGUAUCCAAUGGAACCCGAAGAAUCGGCCAUCAAUGACAAAGGUGGUAAACAUGUUAACAGGGAGGUUGCAGAAUCUGCAGAUCCCCCCUAAGCCCUAUGUGUCCUCUGAAAAUCGCCCUUUGCCACAAAACACGACGAACACAUGAACAAUGUUUCAGGGAACUCAACUUGCAUCUGCAUUGUGAGCAUUGUUCAUGUGUUCGUCCUAUAUGUUUGAGGGAACUCAACUUGCAGUAGCAUGCCCAAUGUUGGAUUACGCACUGAACUACGUAUAUGAGGUUUUACUGUAUCUGUAUGCUAUCAUAUUGUAAUGCUAUUAAUCAGAAACAUAUGAUAUGAGGGUGGAUUUUGCAACAGUUGAAUGAUGUGAACUUGUGGGAUUAUAUUA